UCGCAGACGAGCAUGUCGUCUUCCUUCUUCCUUCGCCUCUUCAUCAUUUAGCAAUCUUCUUCUUCGAUACUUCUACGCCUAUGUCUUUGUCUCACCCGCAAUCACCAGUCAUGUCGUCUGCCGACUCGCAGGCUCUGACCAAGCGUCAAAGCGAAACCAGCCUUAUGCCCCCGCCGCCGCCACCCAAGCGUAUCAAGCGGCCGGCCACUGUGUUGGACGAAGAUAUCUACACCAAUGCUCUGUCGGAGAUUAUCGCGCGUGAUUAUUUUCCCGGUCUCCUGGAAGCCCAGGUGAAGCAGGAGUACUUGGAUGCACUUGAUUCGAAAAACAAACAAUGGAUCGCAAGUUCCAAGAAAAAAUUGACCGACCUGUUGAAGACACCGGGAAGAGCUCGAUCGCAUUCCGGAUCAGCCAAUAUGACACCACGAGCCACCAAUUCGGGACGCCCUGAAGACACCCCGACGGGCUGGGGUGGAGAUACACCGAUGUCAGUCAUGUCAACAACAUCGUCAUCUACUACACCCAACGUCGACCAUGCUACGAUACCGGAUGUGUCCCGCCUUGGGCUGCUAGAGUUCCAGGCCAAAUAUACGAGUGAAGAUAAUGAGUCGUUCAACAAGCUGCUCGAUAAACAAAAUGAAAAGCACCGCGAGAGAUAUAAAUGGUUGUGGAGUGGGAAUAAAAUACCGACUGCUAGACAGAUUGCGCAUCGGCGGCAAGAAGCUAAGCGGAUCGAGGCACAAGGGGGUAACCCAGAUCAGCUCAAGCAGGUGGCCAUAAAGACUGACCUGGACGCCCGGCCUGCAAAUCCAGAUACCUGGAAGACUCAACCCGAGAACUCGCUCAUGUUUGCGCCUUCUUCCAUAGAGGACUCAUAUGAAACUAUACAGCAAAAAGCCGAAGCAUCAUCGCGCGCAGGGCCCAAGCGGGUAGUGUUUCAGAACACACGGUUACCAGAUGAGAGCGUCCAGCAGACGUCAUCUGCCACAAAUGCACCCCCGCCCUCACCUUCGAUAUCGGCCAUUAAAGACGCUAUUGCCGGACACCCUCGCCCCACCGAAUCUGAAGCAGUAUAUACAGGGGGUGAGACGCCACGAGUGAAUGGGUAUGCCUUUGUGGAUGAGGAUGAGCCUGAAUAUACCCUCGCUUCAUCAAAUGACAAUAACGAUUCUGCGAUUUCUUUGGAUGAUAUUCGCCUGCUUGGCGGUAGUGAUGCCACACCGAAUCCUUUUGAGAUCAAAGAAAACCGGAGACGAGAAGACAUUCACCACCGCAUGGUAGAUCGCGUAGCGAGGUCUAAGCGAGCGGAGAAGUCCCUUCGCGAAACAAAGACCCCUGUAACGCCACGGUUCGCCAGCAGCCCACGACUGGACUUAGGUUUGCGCACCCCAAGUGCAGCUACGCCAGGAGGGAGGACGAACAAAGCGUUGACUCCCGCAGCACAGAAGUUACUUCACCAGGUGGGAAGUACGCCUCGUCUAGCGGCAUCGUCCUCAAGUUCAUCUCUGAGGAACAUGUGGACACCGACCCCGAAACGGGGCAAAUAAUGUGGUGUCUGCUUUCAUAUAAAUUUCUCUCUUUCCUUUUGAAAGCCAAAUGAGUUAGCGCUUGUGUUUCGACUUGACAUUAUUAGAUACCAGGGAUUAUCGCGGCGUCAUGAAAGGGGAUUAUAUGCUAUCAUGAGUUAAUGGUUAGAAGGGUUCGACAUUUUUACUACAACAGUUGCCGUCUACAUUUGGGCAUCUGUC